CUUCAUCAUUCUUUUCAUCGUUCUGCCCUUCUCAACUUGAGAUCUGCAAUUCCGCACAGGCCUGGAAUUGAUUCUCCAUGUAAGCCACUUGCACUCGCAUGCAACUAUGAUCCGUUCUCUUUAGCAUCUACCUUGAAUUACUACCGGCAAAUCAAGAUGGCAUCGGCUAUGCAAGCCAUGCCCAGCAUCCCACUGCAGCGUAUGCCACAGCUCAUGGCUGCGGUCAAUCCGAAUGAUGAUUGGACAGGCAUCACCGAUGCAGCUGAGCGGAAAAGGAGGCAGAACAGGCUAAACGUACGAGCUUACCGCCGGCGGAAGGGCCAGUCUGCAGCACAGGAACGUCAGGUCGAGCUAAUUUCAUCGACAACAACUACACAAACGCCGGCAAUAGCCAUGAUGCCAUGCUGGGAUGAACGGCGGGGGACGGUUGUGAUGUUAGCGGCAGCGGAAGCGCGGGCUCUGGUCAAGGCACAAACUCCUCUACUGCCCUACCGUCCGACUCGGCUUAAACUCGACAAAGUCAUGUUUCCAUUGUCAUCGGACCACCUGAUGGUUCUCCUGCAAUUCAACGUGGUCCGGGGAUUGCUAGCCAAUUACCACCUGCUCCUCAUGUUCAGGCCAGAGACGGCAACCAACGGCGAAUGCUCGACGGCGGCAGAACACGUCAUGCCAGACCCCAUUGACGCAUCUCCCAAUUGUGAACUUCCCGAAACUCUUCGCCCGACGAGAUUGCAGACCACGGUGGUCCACGGCAAAUGGAUUGACAUUAUCCCACAUCCUGUGCUGCGUGAUAACCUGAUACGUGCCCGGGGCACCUUUGACGCUGACGAUCUGUGGAACGACACCAUCGGCGGCUUGUUCCAGGGCUUUCCGGAUUCGCACUUCGAGCAGCAUGGUGUCGUUGUCUGGUCGCCCCCUUGGGCCGUCAGUGGAUGGGAGAUCUCGACAGGUUUCUGGCGUAAAUGGGGAUGGACAUUGAGAGGCUGUCCAGAUAUCAUCCACGCUACGAACAUCCGCAGACGUCAGCGUGGCCAACGGCCACUGGGCUUCAUCGCCGACGCUUGAAUCACGACUCAAAACGUAUAUAGUACCCUUUCCUUCUGUGAGCUUGGAGUAGGUGUUUCUGAUGUGGAAAUGCGUUCAACUAUAUUGUGCACCACCGUAUAGAUUGGGGUCACGUGCUAGGUUUUCAAAAGGUGCCACUCAAAUUCCCAACACAGUAAAUGAUCAGGGCGUGGGGUUGCUCC